AGAUAAUAUAAAUCAACAUGCACGAACAUGGCUAUGAAAUAUAUAUAAUUAUAUUGGAACAAACUAUGACAAUCUUCUCAAUUGUUUUGACCUGUACAUCAUGAACCGGAGAAACCAUGUGAGUGAGAGGAAACUCGGAAAAUUAAAUUGUUAACUGUUUACAUAGUGUAUAUUUACCGAUACGUGUAAUUGUACUUAAUCAUACACAUUCAUUACAUGUAUUAUGUAUCUGUCGUUCACUUUAGAUUGAAUUAGAUGAUGACACAGUCAAACGAUCGACGUGUGAAUGUGUUAUGAGAGACUACUACUGCCAUCAUGUUGCUGCUGUUCUUCUUUUUGGCUACAAAAAUGUCAGCAAGACUGACAUCAGAUGCAGUUGGCUAAAGCGCCCAAAGUCUCAACCCAAGAAAAUUGAGACAAUUGAUGAAAUGUAUCCAUCGCCAAAUCCAACAUACAGCGCUCUACUGGAUCCUCUCUCCAGAAGUUCCUGUAGAGAAACCACCAGUGCCAUUGUUUGAAGACCUUCUGCUUUCAGAAAGCUUUCUGCAUGCUGAAGACCAGAACAAUUGGCUACGUACACAACUCAAAGUCACGGAGGACAUUAUAAAUACGACAGCUGAAAAAACCAAGGGGCAGAGAAAUAAUGCUGUUUGGGCCAUUGUCAGAAAACUGAGGAUAACAGCCUCCAAUUUUGGACAAGUCUUAAAGGCUGCAAGACGGAAGAGGAUGAGCAAGUCUUUGUUGAAAAGACUGCUCUCUGCAUACAACCUAGAGAGAUGUCCUGCCAUUUCAUGGGGGAUAACGAACGAAAGAGCGGCAAUUGACAGCUACAUACUCUUAGGGGCUUCUGUUGAAGAGACAGGAGUUUGGCUACACGAGUCCGGCGCUAUAGGGGCUUCUCCUGAUGGUAUAGUCACCCAUCAACCCCAUUGUUCAGGACAUACGGGAAUACUUCAUUUCCAGACAGAGGCAGCGAAAUAUCUAGAAGCUGAGCUAAUUGAAGUAAAGUGCCCUUACUCGGCUAAAGACAUGAAGAUAAAAGAUGCAGUUGAAACAGUCCCUGGAUUUUUUCUUGAAACAGCAGACGGGUAUUUGCACCUAAAAGAAGACAGUGAUUAUUACCAUCAAAUUCAAGGGCAGCUUUACAUCACCAAGAAGAAAUGCUGUGAUUUAAUAGUAUGGACACCGACAGAUCUGGCUAUCAUUCGCAUGGUAAAGGACAUAAAUUGGUCAGCGAACAUAGAGAAACUCAUCGAUUUUUAUUUUGAAAAGUUCAUACCAGAAGUCAACAAGAAAUAA